UGUGCAUUCUCUGCCGGUGACAUAACUAGUGUUUCGUUGGCGAUGAAAAACAUGUCUUCUUGUUUUCAUUAGUCCGUCUCAUUCAUCAAUUUGCCGUUAAAGAUCAGUGGAUUAGUAAAAAAGAUGGAAAUGUUGCUCAUUUAGCCAAAAAUGCAAAGAAGCUCCAAGACUAAAGAGAUGUUUAUUGUGCGUGCCUUGGAGAAGAUCCUCAGCGACAAAGAUAUCAAACGGUCGUACCAUUCUCAACUAAAACGAUCUUGCGAAGUAGCAUUAGAGGAAAUUAAAAAUGAACUGAAAGAUGCUGAUUCUGAGGCAGGAAACUCCUCCUCUGCCCUUCCAUUACCGAAAGAAGAUGCAGCCAACAAUGUUUCUGCUGAAAAGUAUUUUUUGCCUUUCGAAUUGGCAUGUCAAAGCAAGUCCUCACGCAUUGUUGUGACUGCUCUAGAUUGUCUCCAGAAAUUAAUUGCAUAUGGCCACUUGACUGGGAAUAUACCUGAUUCAACAACGCCUGGUAAACAAUUGAUAGAUCGCAUAGUUGAGACAAUUUGUGGAUGCUUUAGUGGUCCACAAACUGAUGAAGGCGUCCAGCUUCAAAUCAUCAAGGCUCUUCUGACAGUUGUAACCAGUCAACAUGUUGAAGUCCAUGAAGGAACUAUUUUGCUGGCAGUGCGCACCUGUUACAACAUCUAUUUGGCCAGCAAGAAUCUUGUCAAUCAAACUACAGCACGAGCCACCCUGACUCAGAUGCUGAACGUCAUAUUUGGUCGCAUGGAAAGUCAAGCUGAGGUCGAUGAAUUUGAAAAGUUGAAAGAAACAUCUGACCAUGCUGAUGAGCGUCCUCAGGCUGAAGGCAGUAGCAAAGUUCAGGAAGCAGAACCUACAACUCAAGCAACACCUUGUAGUCCCAUGGAAACCACGCCUGCUUCCUUCCCAGCAUCUGAGUGUACAGUGGAAAAAACUGAUGCUUCCACAAAUGGUGGAACAAGCACUGCUGUAGUAAAUGCUUCAACUGUCCUGGAUGACAGACCAGAAACCAUUGGUGAAAGCUCUCCAUCUCAGUUAAGCAGUGAUACAGCAGGAGGAGAAAACAGGGAAUCUGCCUCAGGUGUUAUUGAAGAACGAACUCCUGGCGAUGGUGAAGGCAGAGAGACUAACCAAGAGAUGGUCAUUGGAAUCCUUAAUGCUAUAGUAGACUCAGUUGUUCAAGGCUGUGAAUCUAAUGGUUUUCCUCCUGGAACAUCGAAUGGGACUCCUGAGGAUUCAACAAGUUCAGAACCAGUGGAAAUACCCAUAACUCCAUCUGAUCAAGAGAUCAAUAAUGUUGAUCCUACUCCCUCAAUUCCUUCUGGGGCUGCUAGUCCUAUGGCUAUUGUUCCGCAAUCAAACAGUCUGCCUAGAGUUCCUUCUCAGGAUAGUGUUGAUGCGAGCAAUGAGAGUGAUGCUGUGACAGCUACACCAAAAUUUACUCAUGUGAGACAAAAGGAUGCAUUUCUUGUUUUCCGCUCUUUAUGCAAGCUAUCAAUGAAACCUGUUCCUGAGCAGCCUGACCCAAAAUCUCAUGAGUUAAGAUCAAAGAUCUUAUCCUUGCACUUACUUUUGUCAAUUCUUCAAAAUGCUGGCCCAGUUUUCCGAGCCAAUGAGAUGUUUAUCACAGCAAUCAAACAGUAUCUCUGUGUUGCUCUUUCAAAGAAUGGGGUAUCAUCUGUUCCAGAAGUAUUUGAGCUUUCUCUUGCUAUUUUUCUUGCUCUUCUUUCGAAGUUUAAGCAGCACCUCAAGAUGCAAAUUGAAGUUUUCUUCAAGGAAAUUUUUCUCAAUAUUCUGGAGACAUCCAGCUCAUCAUUUGAACACAAGUGGAUGGUUAUUCAGGCUCUGACAAGAAUAUGUGAUGAUGCACAAAGUGUUGUUGACAUUUAUGUCAACUAUGACUGUGAUCUAUCUGCUGCUAAUUUGUUUGAAAGGCUAGUGAAUGAUUUAUCCAAAAUAGCUCAGGGGCGUCAAGCUCUUGAGCUUGGAGCAACACCAAACCAGGAAAAGUCUAUGCGAAUCCGUGGCCUGAAGUGCCUUGUAUCCAUCCUUAAAUGUUGUGUGGAGUGGAGUAAAGACCUGUAUGUGAACCCAAACUCUCAAACUUCUUUGGGUGAACGUAAGGACCCUGAAAUUGAGCCAACUCCAUCAACGCAGGGUGGUGGUAAUAUCAAAUCAAUCCACGGAGGUAGCAGUAAUAGUAUAAAUUCUGCUACUUCUAGUGUCAGUAUGAAUGCUAUCAACCGAGAAAUUUUGGAUACACCAGAACAGUUUGAAGUCCUAAAGCAGCAAAAGGAAGUGUGGGAAACGGGUAUUCAAAUAUUCAACAGAAAGCCCAAGAAAGGGGUGCAAUAUUUGCAAGAGCAACAUCUCUUAGGAACUACUCCAUCUGAAGUGGCUGAAUGGUUGCAUUCUGAUGAACGCCUAGAUAAGACUGGUUUGGGAGACUAUUUAGGAGAUAAUGACGACUUUGGCAAAGAGGUAAUGUAUGCCUAUGUUGAUCAAAUGAAUUUCAAGGACCGUGAUCUUGUGGCAGCUCUACGCUUUUUCUUGGAAGGCUUUAGGCUUCCUGGAGAGGCCCAAAAGAUUGACCGUCUAAUGGAAAAAUUUGCCAGUAGAUACUGUGAAUGCAAUCCCAACAACACAUUAUUUGCAAGUGCUGACACAGCAUAUGUGCUGGCAUAUUCAGUAAUUAUGCUCACAACUGAUUUGCACUCUCCUCAAGUUAAAAGUAAAAUGACCAAAGAACAAUACAUUCGCCUCAAUCAAGGAAUCAGCGAUAGCAAAGACUUACCACAGGAGUAUCUUUCUCAAAUUUAUGAUGAAAUUGCUGGUCAUGAAAUCAAAAUGAAGGGAGCUUCAAGCAAACCAGGGAAACAAGUAAUUUCAAGUGAAAAGAAGCGUCGUUUCUUGUGGAACAUGGAAAUGGAAGUUAUAUCAUCAGCUGCCAAAAAUUUAAUGGAGUCUGUUAGUCAUGUACAAGCUCCUUUCACAACAGCAAAGCAUCUAGAACAUGUCCGUCCAAUGUUUAAGAUGGCAUGGACACCUUUCCUUGCUGCAUUCAGUGUUGGCCUACAAGAUUGUGAUGAUCAAGAGAUUGCAUACUUGUGCUUAGACGGUAUCCGAUGUGCGAUUCGCAUUACCUGCAUCUUCCAUAUGACGCUGGAACGUGAUGCAUAUGUUCAGGCCCUUGCAAGAUUUACUCUUCUCACUGCUAACUCCCCUAUCACUGAAAUGAAGGCUAAGAACAUUGAUACUAUUAAAACUCUCAUAACAGUAGCUCAUACAGAUGGUAAUUACCUUGGGUCUUCAUGGCUGGACAUUGUCAAAUGUAUCAGUCAACUGGAACUUGCUCAAUUGGUUGGAACUGGGGUGCGUCCCCAGUUCAUUUCUAGCACCAAAAGCUAUGAUCAUCACCAUCCUGAUCUAUUGAGUAAACUAAAUAUGCUGGACCCAAGUGUCAAAGAAUCUAUUGGAGAAACUUCAUCUCAGAGUGUAGUUGUUGCAGUGGAUAGGAUAUUUACUGGAUCCACAAGACUAGAUGGUGAUGCUAUUGUUGAUUUUGUAAAAGCUCUUUGCCAGGUAUCGUUGGAUGAGCUAGCUCACCCUCAACAUCCUCGCAUGUUUAGCUUGCAAAAAAUUGUUGAAAUUUCUUACUACAAUAUGGGCAGAAUCCGUUUGCAGUGGUCUCGCAUUUGGCAGGUCCUUGGAGAGCAUUUCAACAAAGUUGGAUGUAACCCAAGUGAAGAUAUUGCAUUCUUUGCCGUGGAUUCCCUUCGUCAAUUAUCAAUGAAAUUCAUUGAGAAAGGAGAAUUUGCAAAUUUCAGAUUUCAGAAAGAUUUCCUUCGACCAUUUGAACACAUAAUGAAGAAAAAUAGAUUGCCAUCUAUUCGAGACAUGGUUGUUCGUUGUAUAGCUCAGAUGGUGAAUUCACAAGCCCACAACAUACGAUCUGGGUGGAAAAACAUUUUUAGUGUUUUCCAUCUUGCUGCAUCAGAUAGUGAUGAAGCUAUUGUAGAGCUUGCAUUCCUCACAACAGGAAAAAUCAUCAAUCAACUGUAUGCCCAACAUUUUCCAAUAAUGAUUGAUUCCUUCCAAGACGCUGUAAAAUGUCUGUCUGAGUUUGCUUGCAAUGCCAGCUUUCCUGAUACUAGUAUGGAAGCAAUUAGACUGGUGCGAACUUGUGCUAUAUAUGUAGAUGAGAAACCUCAGUUGUUCUGUGAACAUAGCAUGGAAGACAACAUGGUUCCAGAAGAUGACAGAGUUUGGGUCAGGGGUUGGUUUCCACUUCUGUUUGAGCUGUCCUGUGUUGUGAGUCGCUGUAAAUUGGAUGUGCGAACUAGAGGACUAACUGUCUUGUUUGAGAUUGUGAAAACUCAUGGUGACGCAUUCAAGCCUCAUUGGUGGAAGGACCUUUUUCAAGUUCUUUUCCGCAUAUUUGACAAUAUGAAGCUUCCUGAACAACACACUGAGCCCAGUGCAGAGCUAGCUGCCAAUCUUGAGAAAGCAGAGUGGAUGACAACAACAUGCAACCAUGCAUUGUAUGCCAUUGUGGAUGUCUUCACACAAUACUUUGACACUCUAGGUCCCUUACUUUUGGAAGACUUAUACUCUCAACUGCAUUGGUGUGUCCAACAAGACAAUGAACAGCUAGCUCGAUCAGGAACAAACUGUCUUGAAAAUUUAGUUAUAUCCAACGGUCUGAAGUUCAGUGUUGAAACAUGGGAUAAAACAUGUCAGUGUAUGGUAGAUAUAUUUACCGCUACCAUUCCCAAUUCUCUCCUGACAUGGAAACCACUUGAAGCCAUUGGCAAGGAAAGUGAUAUGGACAUAAUAAUGUCAUCUAACGAAGUAUCUCAGUUUGAUGGUAAUGUAAGUGUUGGCAAGCAGCCGGGAAUACUGAAACGUUCUAACAGCAGUCACAGUGAAAUCAGUGUUACCAGCACCUCCACAGAUGAAACCAAACCAAACAAGAUGACUGCUCUGAAUUUUGAAAACAAGCUCUUUUCUGGGCUUCUCAUAAAAUGCAUAGUUCAGCUUGAAUUGAUUCAAACCAUAGACAACAUUGUAUUCUAUCCAGCAACUUCAAGAAAGGAGGAUCAGGAAAACCUUGCUCUUGCACAGGUAUUGAAAAAUGCUGAUUUGAUUCAUUCAGAAACUCCUCUGUCAAGUAAUGUCAUUUCUGAACAGACUGAAGAGCUGGGAAUGUAUUGCCAUCUGAGUUCAAAGCAUCUCUUUCUCCUUACUGACUGUUUGCUUCAGUCUCAUCGUUUUGCAAAAGCUUUCAACUCUAAUCAUGAACAACGAAAUUUGCUGUGGAAAGCAGGUUUCAAAGGGAGUGUAAAACCAAAUUUGCUAAAGCAAGAGACUCAGUCCUUGGCUUGCGUCUUACGCAUUCUCUUUAAGAUGUAUGCUGAUGAGAACCGUCAGGAGGCCUGGCCACUUAUUCAAGAAAGAUUAAUUGAAGUAUGCAGGGAGGCUUUGGAGUACUUUCUAUGUUUGCAGUCAGAAUCUCACAGAGAUGCUUGGACAUGCUUGUUAUUGCUUGUGUUGAACAGGAUUUUCAAAAUGAAUGAUGAAAGGUUUGCUGCUCAUGCGUCAAGUUACUAUCCCCUUCUGUGUGAGAUUAUGUGCUUUGAUCUAAAGCCAGAGUUGCGGUCUGUCCUGCGCCGUUUCUUCCUUCGCAUUGGACCAGUGUUCGGAAUUACUAGUUCCACAGAAGCAAUAAAUUCCUCAAAUGGUCAAAUAAAUACUACAGUGUGAAGGAUAAACUUUUGUUUAUAUGAUUACCUUGGCUGUUAAUGUUGAAGAAUAUGAAUGUGUUUAUAUUGUUAUUGUUGCUAUGAAGUUUUAUAAAUUAGGUCUGAGUCAUAUCUUUCCCCUCAUAGUCACACACAUAAUACAACUUAUAAAAGAACCUUAGUUGAGGGGUCCUUUUCACGACUUGUCUUGUAUGUGAUACGAAUAUAUAUGGUUUUUUCAAUUCUGCAAAGUGAAGUCUAAAUUGCAGUUGAACAUUUGUAAGUUUUAUGCAUCUAAAUCAGUUUAACUUUUUUAGGAUGAAGUGCAGUCAUCUUGUAUAAUUAUUUAUGUGGGAUCCAUUACUAUGAGGAGACUUUAUGAUGAUACUACUGUUGACAGGGUCCAGCAUAAGGCAUUUUAAAGUUAUGAUGGAUAUUUCUGUUUCUAUGUUGUUGUAUUCUUUUCCUUUUCUUUUGUCUUAGUGAGAAUUUGUUAAAACAAUUGUAAAUGAUGUCUAUUUGGAAUAUUGCCUUUGUGAAUAGAUGUGAAAAAAUGAGCUGCAAUAUUUAUAUUUUUACCUAUAUUAUGUGAAUGUCAAUAAUCUGAUUGCCAUUUUGAAAUGUUCACAAUUGUCCACUGUUUCUACAAUGAGGUCGCUUUGUUUGUCGUGUUAAGCUGAGACUUAAAAGCUGAUGUCCCUUUUUUUCAGUGACACGUGGAGCGCCUUUCUGCACUUAGUUCUCAAUUUGACUCUUUUGUUAAAACUUACUUAUAAUGUGCCUAUGGCACUUCUAUUUUAAUGACCUAAAUUUUCUUAUUGUAUGUUCAAACACCUCAAAAAGAAAUGGAAGAGUGUUCUGAAUGAUGAUGGUGGUUGAAGUUUCUCAUUAAUCAUGAAAUGACUGAAAUGGUAUGGCCUCUUGGAUAUAAUGUCAUCUUUUGUUUUCGUCCAAUAUAUAUGGAUAAUCUGUUAACACAAGUCAUCAAAGUUGCCAUUUUCAUUUUAUUUUAUGUCUAUUAUGUUAUUGACAAAUAAAGUUUACUACAGGCGAAUAACGCCUUCUUUCAACUGGAUUGGUUUAAAGUCUAUUAUAUCUUUGCUUGUGAACCUAUUACUUGUGAUAUUGUUGCUGUCCAGCUUUACUGGCUAAGGAUCAGAUAUAUUAUUCAUUAAGAAAAGAAACAAAGACAAGAUACGAGCUUUGCUGAGUGAUAGUCAUUCACAUCAAGUUAAGUGCUUAUCGCCCUGUGAAACGUGUUUGUCUCCAAUUUAUCUAUUAUCUGAUUCCGUUUUAUCCUGCUUUUUUGAAGCAAUUUAAUCAAUGUAAUUCCCAUUCAACAAUUGUUAGAAAUUACAUUGAUAAGAAAAUGCUCCUCAACUGAAGACUUCUCUUUGUUUUUGUAGAAAAAGUAUUUGUGUAAAAGCUUUUGAAUUCAACUUUAUUAAGGCCUCUUGUUCCUUCUCUCUGCCCUUUAUUUAUUUCUCUCUUAAUGCCAUAUGCCACCCCAAUCAUUUAUCUGUUGUCUGAAAAUUAAAACUGGAGGCUUUUCUAGUCACGCAUAAUAUAACAUUUAACAUCCCAUGGUUUAGUGUGUUCUUAGAAAUGCCUGUUUGUUCUAGUACUUAAUCUUUUUUUCAAUUGUACUAUGAUGGAAGUUUAAUGCAUCACAACGUUAAAAGCUGUUUAUCAGUGCUAUAAUGGAGGAUGCUAAUGCUGUUUUUUUGCUUUUAAUUUGGCCAGAGUUGAUUCCUUUUUUAUUUUAAAUUUGUUUUUAAUGCAACCUUGUCACUAUAGACCAGAUUUUACUGUAGUUGUUAUUUUAACUGCAAAGGAUGUUGAUCUACUUCAGUUUAGUGUUGUCCUACAAGAUAUCUUAAGUCAGUAUUUGUGGUGGGAUUAUUUUCCUUAGAGGUAUUUUAUGAUGAGAUUUAUUGUAACUUUGAUGAUGAAGAUAGGUCGAAGAUAAAAGUUCUCUCAGGUUAUGUACUUUCAUAAAAAUCUUUAUUUAAGUGGCUUGAGUGACAUUCCUGUAAUUGGAUUUACCAAGAACGAAGAUUCCUAUAUCUAGCCAGUUGUGAAUGCUUCAUAAUAAAAUAAACCUGUUGAUGAGAA